CAGAGGUCAGGUGGUUCAAAGCGGCGUAGGCCAUGGUGCAGCUCCGGCCGCGCGCGUCCCGCACCCCGGCAUCGGCCGAGGCGAUGGUGGACGAGGGCCAGCCGGCCUCGGAGGAAGAGGCGGAGCACGGCCUGUUGCUCGGGCAGCCCAGCAGCGGCGCGGCCGCUUAGCCGCUGGAGGAAGACGAGGAAGGGGACGAUGAGUUUGACGACGAGGCCCCGGAGGAGCUGACUUUCGCCAGAGCCCAGGCGGAGGCGAGAGAAGAGGAGCGGCGAGUGCGAGAGACCGCGCGCAGGGAUAAAACGCUCCUGAAGGAGAAGAGGAAGCGGCGCGAGGAGCUGUUCAUCGAACAAAAGAAAAGAAAACUCCUUCCAGAUACUAUUCUAGAGAAGUUAACUACAGCCUCACAAACUAACAUAAAGGAAUUGCCAAGAAAGUUGAAAGAAGUUAAUUUUCAAAAGAAAAAUGAAGAGUCUGAAAAAGGAAGCCAUUCCAAGAAAGUUAAAGAAAAAGUGCAAAAAGUACAGUCUGUCAGCCAGAACAAAAGCUACUUGGCUCUAAGGCUGAAAGACCAAGAUCUGAGAGAUUCAAGGCAACAAGCAGCCAAAGCCUUCAUACAUAAUUCUUUAUAUGGUCCAGGAACCAACAGAACUACUGUAAAUAAGUUCCUGUCUCUUGCCAACAAGAGGUUACCAGUGAAAAAGGCCGCAGCCCAGUUUUUGAAUAAUUCUUGGGGAACCCAAAAUAAACAAAAUGCCAAGAGGUUUAAAAGACGGUGGAUGGUCAGAAAGAUGAAAACUUCUAAAAUGUAAAUUGAAGCUAAAUGAAGAAUCUGUACUUUGUAUGUAUAGAAUUUAAAGUUACUUUAUUUACAGGAUCAUUUUCUCUGAAAAAGCUAAUAAAUCAUUUUCAAGGGUCAUUAUAAAAAUCAUAAA